CAUUUGCUCUUCUGCAUUGGUUUUCAUUGUUUAUCUAUGCUGAACCUGAAGCGUUCUCCAACUACUUCGAAAAUUCUUCUACUGCCAAAAGCAAAUUGAGCAAUUACAGGCAAUGUCUGUUUUUUGUAAGAAAAAUAGAAAAUCCGUGUUAAUUUUUUUUCUCCAAAUUAUUGUCUGCUUUCAUUUUUUAGUUUCCCCUUAGGUUCGAAGGAAUUUAAGGUUGCAAUCUUCUAUUAUCCGAAUUGACAGUGCACGAUGUUAGCGUCUAAUGUGCUUUAUGACUUUUUGCUCAUUUUUCGCAUUGGUUUAAGUGUGUGAUUAUUUAGCUCGGAAAAUUGUUGAUUGAGAAUGAGAAAACAGUUUAAGUGAGGUCGGAAUUGUGCUAUUUACUUAUGAAAUUUCUUUCUGUAUUGUGUUUUGGUGAAAUUUACUUAUAAUUUUAUGUGUAUUUGUGUAGUAUGUAGUGUGAAUUUGGUAAUGAAUCGCGAUACUUUUUAAAUCACCCCAAAUUUACUUGAACUGACUGAGUACUGAGUACCGGGUACUAAGGAUGUGUUUGGGUUACAGUUCCUUUGAACUGUACACUGUACUUAUAAUCCACGCUUUUUUCAAUUCAUCAAUAUUGUUGCUUCUUCAUUUCGUGCUUUGGAAAGAACAAACGGACAUCUGGGGCUUCUAAGACGGCAAUUCAAACACACCAAGACGCGCUAAGUCUAACUUGUUGGUCACUUCUUAAAUGUGAGUAUAUAUGUAUGGCUGUGCUAAACCUCAAAAGUGGACUGAAAGUAGAAUGAAGAAAUAGGGAUCGCCACAACUGAUUUUGAGAAAUGGGCAUCUUUUAUAAUUAGUGCCAAUGCAAAAGAAUGCAUGUCUUCAGCACCUCUGGCACUUUCAUGUGUUAAAUAUAAUCGUAAAGAAAGAGCUCUGAAAAUGACACUAUGCAGCUCCAUGAUCAUUUCUACUUAUGUGAGUGAACUGUAAAGAGAGCAGUUGCAAAACUGACUCUCGGGUGGUUAGUCUGUUAUAGGUGUAUUUGUCCUAUAAAUAAGUGGCUUUGCUCCACUAAAACCAUAUCAAGAAUCAGUUACAUUUUCAUAAAGUUUUCUGUUUCUCUCCUUCCUCUCUGUUAUUCAAUAUGGUAUCUAGAGCGUGACGAUCUCAAUGGUCGAUUCAUCUCUCAACCUCUCUUCCUCUGCGCCAAUCACCUUCGCGCACACGAUUUCAAUGAAACUAGAUGAAAUGAACUUUCUGAUCUGGCGUCAACAAAUCGAACCAGUCAUCAAGGCUCAUCGUCUUCAACAUUUUGUGGUGUGUCCGAAAAUUCCUUUGUGAUUCUUAAACGAAUCUGAUCGAAAUGAAGGAAGAAUCAAUCCAGAAUAUACAGCUUGGGAGCAACAAGAUCAAAUGCUUAUGUCGUGGUUGCAAUCGUCUUUAUCUCCUGCAAUUCUCUGGCGAGUGUUAGGAAGUGUUCAUUCCUAUCAAGUUUGGGAUAAAAUCCAUGAUUAUUUUCACAAACAAACUCGAGCUAGGGCUCGACAGUUACGAACAGAGUUGCGAUCUACUUUGCUUGAAGAAAAGACUAUGGAAGAAUUUCUUCUUCGCAUUAAAGCCUUGGUUGAUGCUCUUGCAUCUGUUGGAGAAUCAGUUUCACAACAAGAACAUGUCGAUGUGAUUCUUGAAGGUUUAUCGCAAGAUUAUAGUUCAGUCAUAUCUGUUAUUGAAAGCAAAUUCGAUACUCCUUCAAUUGAAGAAGUGGAAGCGUUGCUGUUAGCACAUGAAAUGCGCACUCAAAAAUACAAAAAGAAACUCCUAUCUGAAUCAGCUGCAGUCAAUCUCACGCAAGUUCCUAAUUCGAACCCUAAUUUUCAGGAAAAUGGUAAUGUUGACAAUCAGGUUAGUCAUUCUUCACAAGGUGCUGAUGUAAAUAUGAAUGGUGGAAGAAAUGCGUAUCGUGGUCGUGGCCGUAGUGGACGAUAUUCAGGCAUUCAGUGCCAAGUAUGUUGUAAGAUUGGUCAUAUUGCAACAAAUUGCUAUCAUCGUUUUGACCAAAACUAUCAACCUAUCUUUACCUACAAUUUUCAAGGCAAUUUUUCUCAGAAUCAUGAAAACUCGUUUAGUGGAAAUGUUGGACAACAGAGUUAUGUCAAUCAACCACAACAAUUUUUUUCGCACAAUGGAUCCAAUAAUCGGUGGACUCAGAACAACAGGCCAACUUCUAGUCAAUGGAAUCCGAACACCAGAUCAACUUCUCAGCAACCAAGUGCUAUGGUAACCAACACGAAUAAUGCUCCAAAUCCUACAAGUUGGUUUCCAGAUUCUGGUGCGUCAUUUCAUGUAACAGGAGAUCAACAAAAUAUUCACCACAUCAGUCCCUUUGAAGGUCCUGAUCAAAUUUUCAUUGGCAAUGGUCAAGGUUUUCCUAUCCACUCUUCUGGUUCUUCAUUCUUUUUAUCUCAACAUAAUCCAAAAGUUUCUUUAGCCUUACAUAAUCUGCUGCAUGUUCCUAAUAUUACCAAAAACUUAACCAGUGUUUGUAAAUUUGCCAAGGAUAACUUUGUCUUUUUUGAAUUCCAUUCUACUCACUGUCUUGUUAAAUCUCAGGCCACCAAUGAAGUUUUGAUACAUGGCAGAGUGGGUCCUGAUGGUCUCUAUUGCUUUCCCAGUCUUCAACUUCAAGCUACUCCAAGCACUUCUGUCACCUGUUUAGUGUCAAAUGUUUCUAAUGAUGUAAAUACCGAUGUUGAUACCUUGAAUAAUUCUAGAACUAGUUCUCAGGCCUUGUGGCAUGCUAGACUAGGACAUCCAAAUUUUCAUGUUCAGAAAAUUGUUCUACAAUAAUGUAAUGUUCCUAUUUUGAAUAAAAAUGAUCAGUUCUUUUGUGCUGCCUGUUGUGUUGGAAAAGCCCAUUGUUUGCCUUCUUCUUUGUCUGAAUCUGUCUAUAAUACUCCUCUGGAAUUAGUGUACAGUGACUUGUGGGGACCAGCCCCUAUACAGUCUUCAAAUAACUACAAAUAUUAUCUAAGUUUUGUUGAUGCUCAUUCACGAUUUACCUGGUUGUAUUUGCUGCAAAAUAAGAGUGACACAUUUACUGUCUUUAAACAGUUUAAAGCCAUGGUAGAAUUGCAGUUUAAUACUCCUCUUAAAAAUCUUCAAACUGACUGGGGAGGUGAAUUUAGAUCCUUUACCAAAUACUUGAAAGAUCUAGGGAUUAAUCAUAGACUCAUUUGCCCUCAUACUCAUCAUCAAAAUGGAGUUGUUGAAAGAAAACACAGGCAUAUUGUAGAACUUGGCUUAACAUUGCUCAGUCAUGCUUCUCUGCCUUUAAAAUUUUGGGACUCAGCCUUCACUACUGCUGUUUAUCUUAUAAAUAGAUUACCAACUACCUCUCUCAAGUUUGAUGUCCCUUAUAAUGUUUUAUUCAAACAGAUGCCAGAUUACAAAUUUCUAAAGACUUUUGGUUGUGCUUGUUUUCCCCUUCUUAGACCUUAUAACAAUCACAAACUAAACUUUAGGUCUCAUGAGUGUGUUUUUCUGGGAUAUUCCACCUCUCACAAAGGUUAUAAGUGUCUUUCUCCAAUAGGAAGGAUCUUCAUAUCCAAAGAUGUUGUUUU